AUGACGACGCCAUUCACAUCCUCCCGAUUCCCCCUCCUCCCCCUUCUCCUCGCCCUCCUGCUUCAUGCCGUUCUCCUCUCCCACCAUCUCGCGUCGGCCGCUAUCGCCACCGUAGGCGGUCGCACAAUGAUUGGCGACGCAAUCGUCGCAGGAAAUUCACACAGGCGACGGUUAGAGGGCCCGCUGGUGUCGCACGGUCCGUUCCACCGGCGGCUGUGGAACCCGUUCGGCGGGUUCAAGAAGCCAACCAAGAAACCGCCGCCUAAGACCGGCGGGGCGGGCAAGCAGUCCGCUGCCGUGGCGUGCGAGGGCGUGCAGUGCCCGCAAGGCGCGGCGUGCGUCGCGGACGGCAACGGCUUCCCCUUCUGCAAGUGCGAUGGGACCCUCGCGCUGAUCAACGGCUCGUGUGUGCCAGCCGUGGACGGGCAGGUGGUGGUGACGAGCGUGCUGCUAUUCGCUACCGCCAAGUACGCCCCCGCGCCGCCCGUCGUGCUGCGCGGCGCCAUCCCGAACCGCACAUGCGUGAACCUGCCCGCGCCGCGCGCGGGUGCCGUGGGGUCGCUGCGCAUCCUGUGGAGCGUGAAGGACGGCAGCAGCGGCUUUAGCCGCGUGAUGUGCGGGAAGGUGCUGUUCUGGAACCAGAGCGACUGCAGCGGGUUGUCGUCGGCCUUUGAGGUGCCGGGCGGGUGGAAGAAGGCUGACGCGGCCAAGACCACCUACGCCGCCACCAGCAAGGUGGCAGCGGGUGUGGUGGCGAAAGCACAGUCCAUGUCGUGCCUCACCGCAAUCGCCCCCAAAGCGAGAGACGUCUGUUUAAAUGUCACCUGCCCCGCCAAAUGCAACUGCUCCUCUUCCACCGGCGUUCCCAAGUGCUCCUGCCCAGUGGCGGACAUGUGUAAGAUUGUCACCUGCCCCACCAACUGCAACUGCUCCUCUUCCGCUGGCAUUGCCAAGUGUUCCUGCUCAGACGCAUGCUACGGUGUCAAGUGUCCGGACGUGUCCACGUGUGUGGUGCAGUUCGGUACAGCGGUGUGCCAGUGCCCCGCACCAUUCACACGCCUCAUUGACAACGUGUGCUCCUCGGCCGAUCUUGACCACUCCGACUACCUCGAUAUGCACAACCACGCCCGCGCUGCCGUGGGAGCCGUGCCGCUCGUGUGGGACGACACAUUGGCGGUGCACGCGCAGGCGUGGGCGACAGCGCUGACCAACUCCUCCAACAACUGCUACCUAACGCACGGAGGGCAUGACAACGAGGGGCAGAACCUUGUGGUCACGGCCCCCACGGGGUGGGCAUCGAAUGCAAGGGGAGUGCGCUUCUGGGUGGACGAGGGGCAGUGGUACUCCGUGGAUGUCUUUCCCAACGGCUGUCAGGGCGGGUGGGAAAAGUGUGGGCAUUACACGCAGCUGGUGUGGAACGACACGCGCAAGGUGGGGUGCGCCAAGGCAUCGUGUGCGGCCAGUGCAGCCGUGUGGGGGGGAGGCACGACUGCGGACGUGUGGGCAUGCCAUUACUACCCGCCCGGCAACGGGUUCGGCAAUCUGCCUUACGUGCAAGACCCGUGCUUCAGAGUGCAGUGCCCCUCCACCUCCACGUGCUCAGCAGUGGACGGCAAGCCAGUGUGUGUGUGUGGAGCGGGUCAGGCGCUCGUCAACAGCUCGCGGUGCCUACCAGACCCGUGCAUAGGAGUGAGCUGUCCGGCCGGCGACCUGGUGUGUGACGGCAGCACGGGCAAGGCUCAGUGCGCGUGCCCCAAGGGGAUGCUGCUCGUUGCCCCCAACACGUGCCUGGCGCCGGAGUGUGUGGGGGUGCAGUGCCCCUCCACGUCUCGCUGCAAGGCCACCAAAGACGGCAUCCCCUUCUGCGCCUGCCCUGCUUGCUCCUCCCUCGUCAACGGCAUUUGCACUCAAGCGGCCCCUGCCACAGUGGCAACGAGCCUGGUGAUCUACAACGCGCCCAACUUCACCAACUCACCCGUCUCCCUCGCGCCCGCCGUGAUCCGAGCCGCCGUGCCCGACGCGAGAUGCAUCAACGUGCCCACAGCCUUCGCAGGGGCGGUGGGGUCAAUCAAAAUUCUGUGGGACGUGCCGGACGGGGCGCCGGGGGUGCGGCAGGUGUGCAAGCUGAUGUGGUUCAACAAUCGCUCCGACUGCUCUGGCUGGUCCAGCGGCUGGGGGAAGCCCGACAGCGGCGUCACUACUGCCGCGACCACGGGUGGUAACGUUGCCACAGUGAGAUCCAUCGCCUGCUCCGGCACCACAGACAGCACCGUCACCACCGGCAGCACCUGCAGCACGGGCGGCACGGGCGGUACUGGCAGCACGGGCGGCACCGGCAGCACGGGCAGCACGGGCGGCACCGGCAGCACGGGCAGCACGGGCGGCACCGGCAGCACGGGCGGCACGGGCGGCACAGGCAGCACGGGCGGCACCAGCAGCACGGGCGGCACAGGCGGCACCGGCAGCACGGGCGGCACGGGCGGCACCGGCAGCACGGGCGGCACUGGCACUACCGGCAGCACCGGCAGCACGGGCAGUACGGGCGGCACUGGCAGCACGGGCGGCACCGGCAGCACGGGCAGUACGGGCGGCACAGCGGUGGACAUCUGUUUGAACAUCACCUGCCCCGCCAACUGCAACUGCUCCUCUUCCGCUGGCGUUCCCAAGUGCUCCUGCCCAGAUGCAUGCUACGGUGUCAAGCGUCAGGGUGAGCAGCACGGGUCCUUCCUUCUACUGUUGCUUGUCUCGUUUCUUCUCCCGUCAUCCAUUCACCUGUGCCUUCAUGCUCCUUCCACUCCCUCUCCCGCCACCCGUUUCCCCACCCCCAUGCCCAUUCAUCCCUCUCACCAGUGGUGGACAUGUGUACGAUCGUCACCUGCCCCACCAACUGCAACUGCUCCUCUUCCGCUGGCAUUGCCAAGUGCUCCUGCCCAGGUGAUUGCAACAGAGGCGAGUGUUCCUGCUCAGGUGAUUGCAACAUCGUCAUGCGCUCCUGCCCAGGUGAUUUCUACAGUGCCAAAGUUUCCUGCUCAGGAAGUAGCAACAGUGCCAAGUGCUCUUUCACACCCCUUCCUCCACAUCCCUCCCCCACACCCUUCUCCCUUUUCAGACGCAUGCUACGGAGUCAAGUGUCCGGACGUGUCCACGUGUGUGGUGAAGGGCGGUACAGCGGUGUGCCAGUGCCCGGCACCAUUCGCACGGCUCAUAGACAACAAGUGCUCCUCGGCUGACCUCCCCCACUCCGAAUACCUCGACGUUCACAACAACGCCCGCGCUGCUGUGGGGGCCGUGCCUCUCGUGUGGGACGACACAGUGGCGGCGCACGCGCAGGCAUGGGCAACAACGCUGACCAACAGCACGUACAACUGCGGCAUCGUGCACGGCGGGCAUGACGGCGAGGGGCAGAACCUCGCCUCUGCCAGCCCGGCAGGGAUCAAGAAUGGCUCCGACGCGUCGGGGUGGUGGGUGAACGAGGGGCAGUGGUACACAGUGGAUGUCCACCCCAACGGCUGUGCGGGCGGCAACUGGGCCAAGUGUGGGCACUUCACGCAGGUCAUUUGGAACGGCACGCGCACGCUGGGCUGUGCCAAGGCGUCGUGCGGCACGGGGUCAGACGUGUGGGCGUGCCAUUACUACCCGCCGGGGAACGUCCGCGGCCUGCCGCCUUAUGUGCAAGACCCGUGCUUCAGAGUGCAGUGCCCCUCCACCUCCACGUGCUCAGCAGUGGACGGCAAGCCAGUGUGCGUGUGUGGAGCGGGUCAGGCGCUCGUCAACAGCUCACAGUGCCUACCAGACCCGUGCAUAGGAGUGAGCUGUCCGGCAGGCGACCUGGUGUGUGACGGCAGCACCGGCACGGCUCAAUGCGCGUGCCCCAAGGGGACGGUGCUUGUUGCCCCCAACACGUGCCUGGCGCCGGUAUGUGUGGGGGUGGAAUGCCCCUCCACGUCUCGCUGCAGAGCCAGCAAAGACGACAUCCCUUUCUGUGCCUGCCCUGCUUGCUCCUCCCUCGUCAACGGCACCUGCACUCAAGGGGCCCCUGCCACAGUGACAAUCAGCCUGGUGAUCUACAACGCGCCCAACUUCACCAACUCACCCGUCUCCCUCGCGCCCGCCGUGUUCCGAGCCGCCGUGCCCGACGCGGGAUGCGUGAACGUGCCCGCAGCCUUCGCAGGAGCGGCGGGGUCAAUCAAAAUCCUGUGGGACGUGCCGGACGGAGCGGCGGGGGUGCGGCAGGUGUGCAAGCUGAUGUGGUUCAACAAUCGCUCCGACUGCUCUGGCUGGUCCAGCGGCUGGUGGAAACCCGACAGCGGCGUCUCAACCUUUGCAACCUCUCUCCCACUGCCCCCCUCACCAGUGGUGGACAUGUGUACGAUCGUCACCUGCCCCACCAACUGCACCUGCUCCUCUUCUGCUGGCAUCGCCAAGUGCGCCUGCCCAGACCCAUGCUACGGAGUCAAGUGUCCGGACGUGUCCACGUGUGUGGUGCAGAUCGGUACCGCGGUGUGCCAGUGCCCGGCGCCGUUCACGCGCCUCAUAGACAACGUGUGCUCCUCGGCCGACCUUGACCACUCCGACUACCUCGAUAUGCACAACCACGCCCGCGCUGCCGUGGGCGCCGUGCCGCUUGUGUGGGAUGACACAUUGGCGGUGCACGCGCAGGCAUGGGCGACAGGGCUGACCAACUCUACCAACAACUGCUACCUAACGCACGGCGGCAACGACGGCGAGGGGCAGAACCUGGCAGUCACGGCCCCCACGGGGUGGGCAUCGAACGCAAGGGGAGUGCGCUUCUGGGUGGACGAGGGGCAGUGGUACUCGGUGGCGGCGUAUCCCAGCGGCUGUGAUGGGGGGCAAGUGUGCGGGCAUUACACGCAGCUCGUGUGGAACGACACGCGCAAGGUGGGGUGCGCCAAGGCAUCGUGUGCGGCCAGUGCAGCCGUGUGGGGGGGAGGCACGACUGCGGACGUGUGGGCGUGCCAUUACUACCCGCCCGGCAACUGGCAAGGCGACCUGCCCUACGCGCUCCACAUCCGCUUCCCCCGUCCUCUCGUCUCCACCACCCCCCUCGCCUUGCCCCCCCCGGCAGUGCAAGACCCGUGCUUCCGAGUGCUGUGCCCCUCCACCUCCACGUGCACCGUGGUGGGCAAGAAGCCUGUGUGCGUGUGUGCUGCCGGUCAGGCACUCGUCAACAACUCGCAGUGCCUUCCAGACCCGUGCAUAGGAGUGAGCUGUCCAGCAGGCGACCUGGUGUGUGACGGCAGCAACGGCACGGCGCAGUGCGCGUGCCCCAGGGGGAUGCUGCUCACCGCCCCCAACACGUGCCUCUUGCCGGUAUGUGUGGGGAUAGAGUGCCCCUCCACGUCUCGCUGCACGGCCACCAGCGACGACAUCCCCUUCUGCGCCUGCCCUGCUUCCUACUCUCUUGUCGACGGCACCUGCAUUCAAGGGGCCAACUCCACAGUGACAUCGAGCCUGGUGCUCUACAACGCGCCCAACUUCACCAACACACCCGCCUCACUCGCGCCCGUCGUGCUCCGAGCCUCCACGAACUGUGUCAACGUCCCCGCAGCCUUCGCAGGGGCGGUGGGGUCAAUGAAGAUCCUGUGGGACGUGCCGGACGGGGCGGUGGGAGUGCGGCAGGUGUGCAACCUGAUGUGGUUCAACAAUGAUACCGACUGCUCUGGCUGGUCCAGUGGCAAGUACAAGGCUGCCAACGGUCUCACAACCCUUGA